UCGCGUGAGCUUUGUCAGCUGAAAAAACAAGAUUUAUGCACCCACAAUUAAUUUUCGUUUUGUGAAGUGACCAGAAACCGUGUUAAAAAGAAACAAAAACCAAGCUAAGCAAGCCCAAAAAAAAACAAAACAAAAAACCUUUUUUAAUAUAAAAAAAAGUGUUGUGUGAAAAGAAAACUGCGAAUCAUGUGAAAAACCACAAUUUAUGCUCGAGUGACAAGAACAACAAAACGAAUUUACGUGGCAGUUGAUUUCGCCGAGAAGAUGCCAAUUGAUUUUGAUUUUCGCAAAUUAUAACGAGACAUUUAUAUGAUUUGAUAGCGAGCCAGAAAUUCGCAAACAAUUCCCGGCGACCAGGCAAGGUCAUAUCGAUUGUCAUCAGCUGCUGUCGGCACCCCACCGCCCAACACCACCCACCACCCACCUCCCAGCCACCCGUAGCCCAACUGAAAAGCAAACAGAGCGAAUAUGCCAAGCUUGCACAAGACAUGGAGGUGCUGGCACCAGAUGCUAAUAAUAUAUGGACUCAUAUUUGUUUCCAGUGCAACGACACUUGACCAGGAGCCUUUGCCGGACUCGUGUGAUGCGAUUAAAUGCCCGCCGGACGCCGAAAUGCAAUGCCCGGUGGACAGUUCCAUUCGCCAAAACCUACUUGCGGUGGACCUGAUUAAGUCGAAUGCGGUGGAGUUGCCCCCACGGGUUGGUGACAUGUCCUCGGGGGAUGCCACAUCUUACAGUAGGAAUGCGAUAUCGGAGGAGGAUUACGUGCAGUGCUGCUUGAACCGGAAGUGUGUGUGCAAGACGUGCUACAUUCCGGACUGCGAUUCGGAAACGGACGAGGUGACGGUGGAGCUGCUGCCGGAGAAUGGCAACACGCCCGGGCAGUGUUGCGGCACCUACGACUGCCGGGCGGAACCCAACUGCACGGUGGCGCGGGACACGGACUACCACUGGCUGAAGCAGUGCCAGCGGUGCAAGUGCGACUCCGGGCUGAAGAUCUGCCACCAGAGCUGUGACGAGCGGGCCGAGGGUGUGUGCCAGUCGAAGAUUCCGGGCAUGUUCUACAAGGACGGCGAAACCUGGACGGACAACUGCCAGACGUGCGAGUGCGUGAAGGGCGAGCCCAAGUGCACGAUGUCCUUGUGCGCCAGCCUCAACUGUCCCAGUGAACGGCAGGUCAAGCUGAAGGACACCUGUUGUCCGGUCUGCUGGCCCAAAUGUGCCCCGAUGCCGCAUGAAAAGCAAGACGAUGAAUCCUACGGGGACUAUGUCGAUGAGUCUGAGCCGGCAGAGGAGGAGCCACUGCCUCCGCUGCUGCCUGAUCUCCCGACCACCGUUCAGCAGAAUUCAGAGCUUUUGGACAGCACCACCACCACUGCUACAACAACAACAACCAGCAGCACCACCACCACCACCGCUGCACCACCACUGGCCAGCUCCAUUUGCCACAAUGCCUUUGACCAACCGAAAGUGGUGGAGGUGGUGAGCCAAACCAACAAUUUCUACCAACUAUGGCUACCGGCCUAUGCGGUUAUAGCCUCCAUUGUCAUUGUGGUCAUGGGCUCCUACAUUUGCCGGCAGCGUGCCAAGAAACGUUCCUACGAUCCGGUCUCCAUUUUGGACCACAGCAUCUAAGCAAGAGAUCUUUCGAAAUACUACUAUUAUUACGACUAAAAAGAAAACUUACCUAGACUAAGUAUUCCGCCUUUUCCAACUUUAUGUUGUUUUGCUUUUUGAGUGUGACCAGAUUUGCUGAUGGAAAUGAGUACGAGUCAGGCCUGGUCACUCUGAAUCAUUCAGUUUAAUCGCCUAAAUAGGAAUACCAAAUACCCAAGUCCUUCUAAAGCCUUUGCCUUUGUUUGUUUGGUAUUGAUCUCAUUUUAACUUUUCACUUUUCACUUGCAAAAAAAAAUAAAACGAAUGAAAGCCACACUAAAAUUUAAGCAACGAACUUCCGCAGCAACAAAAUCAAAGUAUUCUUAUGAAAUUACGCCAACAUAUUUAAUUACAAACGAAACAAGAGUUACUAUUACUAAACAAGCGCAAUUGAUGUAUGUAUAUAUAAUACUUUAUACUUUCCCCUUCCAUGGGAAGUCUACUUUUUUAAACAUAACGUUUUGAUUUAAGAGAACAACCAAAUCAUAUUUAGGAGCGAGUAAGCAAAAAAUAAGUUUACACUUGCUCGAGACACUUCUUAGUUUAUAGUUUUAGCUCUUAAUUUAGGAAGUAUGUGAUAUAUAUGCUAAUUAGCUUAUGUAAUUUGUCAACCAAGGCAUGCUGCUGUUUAAAAAAGUGGAAAACAGUAUUUGCAACACAAGACCCGAAAGCCCCGGAACGAAAUGGAACGCACCGCAAUCGCAGAUGGACGUCCAACUUUAGCUAAUGUCAUAACGUUGCCACAUAAAUGUAUACCAUUAAAACUUUAUUUAAAUUUAUGAUUAAAAAUAAACCAAAAUUGGUAUGCAAAGCGAAGAAACCAAUUAAAUUGA